AAACGAAACCUUCUAGAACGCACCAUCACACAACCUCAUUGACGCACGUUCUUCCAACCAACUUUGUUAGUUUAAUUACGUUUAUGUAAAUCGUUAACUUUGAGUUCGUCUUCUCGUUAAUGUAGACAGAAUAACUUGAAGAAAAUGAUCGUGUAAACUUUUUUUGUGUCAAAGUUCGUCAUGACUUCAGUUGAGUCAAACGGUAAAGAGGAGCUGCGCGAUUUAUUUGAAUUGGAUAAGUGUGUUAAUUGGAUAAAAAAGAACAAUUAUACAAAGGUUUGUCUCCAAUUCCCCGAUUCUCUGCUGUCUUACUCAGUCGACAUCGCCUUGUACAUUGACAAAGAGACAAAUAACAAAACCUUCAUUCUUGGAGACACUUCAUAUGGAAGGUAGGCAACACAAGCAACAUGAGUAAAAAUAAUAAUAUUGUUGAUAAGGCGAAAGAGAUAGUGGCGAAGGUCGAUGAUGUGGUGUUCAAACAGCCCAAAAUCCCUGACAGAGUGUUUAAAAAGAGAAAACACAAAGUCUUAGACGAAGAAACUUACCUGGAAGAAAUGGGCAAAAUAAUACAAAGAGACUUUUUCCCCGAUCUUGAAAAAGUAAAAGCUCAAAAUGAAUAUCUCGAUGCGCUGAACAAGAACGAUAUUAUCAAGCUGCGUGAGAUUCAUGCGAAAUACACACCAGGCUCGCGGGUGAACACCGAGAGGGUUUUCAGCCCGGCAACCUUUGAAACGCCGAUCGACACACGACCCAGGGAAGACGAUGUAAUGAGCACAGCUGGAAACGAAACAAAAAGAGAUGAAAGUGGCUCGCAACAGUCUAAAGAGAACAUGUCUUUAGAUCACUACUUGGCAUCUCAUACCAGUGAAGAUAAUCAAAGUUUUGAAGACAUCAUUGAAGAGGCUGAAAGAAACCAUAGAAAAAAAUAUUCAUGGCUUUACAAAGAAGACGGCAUAGAUAAAAAUGAGCAAAACAAAGCAUUAGCGUUGCCUUCCAUAGAACAGCAGGCUGACGGUAUACCUAGAAAAAUGCUGCUCGACUCCUGGACCUACAAAGACAAAAAUUACAUCAUGUACGUUCCUGAUGGAGUGGAUUUGACUCCUGAAGAAAAAAUUGAAAUGGCAAAACGUAAACAAGCCAUUAGUCAUUCCAAUACGAGGUUUAAGUCUAAUCCGUUCGACGAAGCUGAAAAUCAAGAGAGAAUACAGGAUUUAGCUCACAACCAGGCGAAAGUUUUGGACGGGAAAAUCGGUGUUGACGGUAAAGAACUAGUCAGCGAAACCCCAAAAGUUAACGGUUUUAGCUUUGUGAAGACACCGUCUCCAGCCCCAGGAGUUAGCGAGUCCCCAUUCAUGACUUGGGGAGAGAUUGAAGGCACUCCGUUUCGCCUUGACGGAGGAGAUACUCCGUUAAGAUCUACUCCUGGUCCAUCUUACUUUUUACCUGAACCACCGAACAGGGAGAAAAUUGCAUUGAGGCUAGCUGAUAAAGUCAACGAAAGACACAGGGAUAAGAAGAAAAAAGCAAUAGAAGCCGCUCGGCGACAGUUGUCUUCUCCUCUAAAUAGGCCCGGUUCUCUUGACAGGCUACAAAUGUUAUCACCGGCGGCUAAAAAAUUUGCGACGACUCAUAUAAGUAGGAUGGGGAGUGACAAAAGUCUUUCAUCAUUUUAUAGCCCUGUCCAUAGGCCAGCAACAGGAAGUAUUACGCCAAAAACUCCUAAAAUUGGAACACCGAUUUCACAAGCUCCGGCAACUAUCACAACAGAUAAUCUCCUAAAUCUAAAUGUGAAGAGAAGACCACGUGCAUCUGACUUUUUUAAAUAAUGACCUUAUAUAAUUUUAAAUUAAACCCAGUAUAACAUUGUAUAUUAAUUUGUAAUAAA